GACGAGUUUAUGGCGGUUCUUUUGACUCCGCGGUUCCGUAGCCUUGGCAGCCAGAGCCAGCUUCUCGGCCCAGGGCGGAGAGUGUCGAGUUUCGUGAGCCCUAGAGAUGUUUUCGGCCGGAAAAGGAGGACAGGAUGCUCUGGUCCUUUUCAAGCUACUCAGCAAUGGGAUGGUAUUAUUCACUCCCUUCAGACUCAAGUGGAAAUAAAAAGAAGGAGGCAUCAUUUACGAACAUACAAAGACUGUUUUACUGGUUCUGAUGCUGUUGAUGUAGUACUAAGUCAUCUUAUGCAAAAUAUGUGUCUGAGUAGUAAUGAUAUCUCUCGUCUUAAAGGAGUUCGUCUUUGUCAAGUUCUAAUGAACCAUAAAGUAUUUGAACCAGUAGGAAUGAAGCUAUUCAAAAAUGAAAAGGAAUUGGAAUUUGAGGAUUCAAACAAUAGUCUCUACAGGUUUCUAGGGAAUAAAUCAUCUUACAUUUUUUGCAAAAGAAAAAAGGAUUCUGAGACUGGGUUAAAUGAUGAAAUAAAAGCAAAGGAAUCUUUAAGACCAGAAGGCAAAGUGAUUUCAAAUCCUCUAGCACAAAAGGUUGGUGAGGAAAGAAUUGAGGAACUUAUUGAUACAAUGAGUGGGACUCUGGCUUUACCUCCAAACAUCACAGUUGACAAACCUGUUCUUCCACUUUCAAAAGAAGGUAAUUUCAUUUCCUUCUACAUAGUGAUUGCAUCAGACAAGACAGAUGUUUGGAAACAACAAACAUUGCUACAUAUUCUUCAACUGAUUCACAUUCCAUUCUUAGAAAAUAUUUUGGAGUCUCCAGUUAAAACACAAAAUCUCCAAUUAAGUAAAGAGGAAGAUCUUGUUAUCUCAAACACUUGCCUCGACAGAGAGGUUAUUCCAAGCUUUUGUCUACUUGAGAUUGAUAACUGGCUUAAUGCAGCAAUUGAAUGCUUGGAAUAUUUCCCAGACCAGUUAAUAGUUACUGUCAGCGAGCAGUUAGUUCAAAACAGAAAUGAAGAGACAAGAUUGAAUACACAGAAGAAGUUACUCUUUGAUAUUAAUCAAGAGAGAGAUUGCUUAUUAACUGAUGAGUAUUUUGAUAUUCAUUCAGGAAUUAUUGAACUUUUAGAAAAUGAGAAAAGAACAGAAGCACUUGAAGCAACACAACUAUAUCUAAGAUUGUUGUUGCCCAACGUUAGAGAAGAAUUAUGAUGGCUACUCACUUUUAUGGCGAUUGCAUCAGAACCCAAUGCCUACAAAUUACAAAAACAGUUUGAUAACAAAACGGUGGACCUGAAAACUCUUGCCAAAGCAGUUUUGCAAUCCAAAUCAUUAUUAAGAGUACGGGCAGAACAACUACUCUUCUUUCUACUGGAGUUCCACUCUGAGCUCUUCAAGACACCGGUUACUUUAUUGGAUCUGGUUAGUAAGAAACUUAAGAAGCUUCUACAUGGAGAAGAUCCAGAUGCUAUAUCAGGUUUCACAAUUUGCCAAUGCUUGACAUACAAGGAGUUUGAAAAACAAAAGGAAAGGACUAGCCAAUAUCCUCACCAGUUGGCUCUUGAGAUUAAUAGUAACCCCAGCAUCUCUUUGCAACGAAAAAAGAAAUUAAUUAAGGAAUUUCAAAAACACCAUCCAGAAGCUUUGCAUUAA